UCGAGCGAGCCUAAGCAGGGCAGGGCAGGGCAAUCCAAUGCAUCCCAUUCAGCAGCACACCGCGCGCUUUAAAUCCUACCUAGCCCCUCCCAUCCAUCUAGUCAUUCAUCCAUUUCUUCCUUCCCAUUCAUUGCCCAUUGCCCAUCAUUCAUUCCCCAUCCCAUCCCAUCCCAUCCGCAGCCCAGAUCCCAAAAACGCGCCCUAUAUCGCAAUUUUCGCCCUAGCAGCGCCUGCCUCCCUGGGGCGCGCCCUAAACCCCGACCCGCAACCCGCAAGCCCUAACCCCGAGUCCGACCAAAGAAAAAGAAAGAAAGAAAAAUUUAGGAAACGGGGGAGUGGUUGAUGACAAAAGAGAAUACCUAGGAAAUUACGAGCGCGCGCGCAAUCACCCCGGCGCAGAGACAAAUAAAAAAUAGAAAAAUGCUAAGAAAACAGCGGGACAGAGCCAAAGGAAACCAGAACCGCGAAACCCAUGGCAUGGGACAAGGAGCGAGGGAGAGGUCUUCGCCUUCCCAUCCCACCUAUCCCACCCAUUCCAUCCGCGACGACCCGUAGGCCGCGCGCCAUACAAGCUCGUGAGGGGGAAGAGAAAUAACGGAGUCGAACGAAAAGAAAAACGAGAAACAGCCCUUUGCAGAGCCAGCAACGAAAACGGGGAAAAAGCGAGUGCGAGACAAAUCCGGCGGCAGCGACGACAUCGACAAACUGAAAUAUGCAGGGAAUCCCAUUCCCGCGCCGUUCCUUCCUAUAACUGUGAAGCUCGCCCCCCCCCCCC